AGCAUCACCACUCCCCGACUGCCCUCUAUCCCAUAUACUGAAAUCCGAAUCAGAACUUGUCUUCUCCAAAUACAUCAACUCCCAUCAAAAUCCGUAACCCUACCCUUCUGUUUUACUCUUCACAAUGUCAAUGUCGAUACCUGCCGUUGAGACCAAGAAAAUUACCCUGCGAACCGCCGACAAUCACGAAUUCGAAGUCGAGAGAGCGAUAGCCAUGGAGUUCGGCACAAUCAAAACCUUCUUCGACGAAAACCCCGACGCCUCUGAAGAUACCAUUCCUCUCCACAACGUCUCCUCUACGUGCCUCUCAGCCAUAAUCGAGUACUGUAAAUCCCAUCUAGCCUUCCGUGCUGGCGACACCUCCUCAUCGAUCGAUGAACAAGUCAGGACUUACGACGAAGAGUUCGUCAAGGCACGUGAUAAUGAGUCUCUGAAAGAGAUGAUCUUGGCUGCCAAUUAUUUGAAUAUAAAAGAGCUUCUUGAUAUGUUGAAUCAGGCCGUGGCUGAUAGGAUUAAGAACAGGAGCGUGGAAUAUGUGAGGAGGUUUUUUGGAAUAGAGAACGAUUAUACGCCGGAAGAAGAAGCUGCACUUAGAGCGGAGAACGAAUGGGCUUUUGAAGCUGUCGAUCCUGACGAUUGAUGGAUUGAAGAUUAGGAAUACCUUUUUUUUUUUUGUUUUUCAGUGGAUGAGUAUUAAACAGGAUUUAUCUUUUCAAUAACAGUUGAGCUUUUCUCUCAUUGUUAUUUGUUUUUCUGGGUACUCAGCUUUAACUUUAUUUUUAGCGUGUUUCUGUUGUUCUGGAAUAAUUCUCCAUGUUAUUGAUAAGUUAGAAGAGUUUUGGUUAACAAUAGACCAUUAUUAUUAGAUGUUUGUCUGAUUGAUGCCCAACUUGGUUUUGUGAUUAAGAAUAAAUUCAUGGUAAUUGUAUUUAUGUA